UGUCCAAAUACCCAAAUAUUAAAAAAAUAAUUUUGCUGUGAGGGCAUUGGUCGAUGAAGUGUUAUGAAAAGCAGAGAAAGCACGAGAAAGAUUCGCUUGUUGUGUUGCUUGAUUUUUCCUCAGUUUGGUUCCUGCUUUUCACUGUUUAUGUAAUUGUACUUAAACCACUCUUUAAUUCUAGUUAAGGAAUAUGAUGAUAAUAAUAUUUUAGUAAAUGUUUUGAUCCUAACAAAUCAUUCUCGGGUAAUCUUCCACCUGGUGAGAUCAAUUAAAAAAUGAGGAGUAUGAUCACGCCGUUAAUCUUGUUAAUGAUCUUAAGGGGAUUUGAGAAACAGACAUAUAUGUCCUGUCAUGUCACGAGCUUUGGGAAUCGGGCUAGACGCGUCUCAAUGUCAGAUUGUGGUCAAAGUCAGUGGCAGGGGUAGAAAGAUUAUGCUUAAAGAAAUGAGGUACACACUUUCUUGAUCACAAGCAUAAAUAAAAUUAAAGUGUAUGCUUAAAGUAAUGAGGUACACAAACAUUUUCAUUAUCACAAGCCUAAAUACAAUUAAGGCAAAAUACCCUUUUUCGUCCUCUAACUUUUACUCGGGGUCCAAUUUCGUCUCAUAAUUUUUAAAAAGUUCAAAUAACUCCCUUAUCUAUUAAAAACGUACCACGUUUAUCCUUCCGUUUGCUUCCGUUAGUUGUGCUAUUAUUUUUUUAUACAGGUGGCAUUUAACAUGUUGAUGUGUAUUAUCCACGUGUGUAUCAUUAAUUUAAAACUAAACAAGUAUCCUUUAGAAAGCUCUUUUUUCACCCUUAGCAACUAUUGAAGAGUAUUAACCACAGAAGUUGAAGCUGAUAAGUUCUGGAUGUACCUCCAAAGCUCAAAAUCGUACGCGUGAAGAAUAUCGAUCACUGAAGAAUCACAGGUGUAAUGGACGAGAUCAUUUAUCUAACAAUUCACCAUAGUGGUGCCUUCGUUGAUAGUGACAAUAAUAACUAUGAAGGAGGAGACACUGCUACCCUGAAAAUAGAUGUAGACACCUGGAGCUAUUUUGAAUUAGUUGGUGUUCUUAAGCACUUAGGCUAUAGGGAGUUUGAGAGAAUAUGGUAUAGGGACCCUACAUUUGGCAUGCUUGAGUUAGUUGAUGAUAAGGGAGCCUUAGACAUAGCUGAUCUUUACAGGGUUCACCUUAGGGUUGACAUAUACAUUCAACACACUGUAUGUGAGCCAGAUUUUUGUGACUACCCUAUAGAGCAGGACAUAGUGAAUGAAGAGGAGGACAUAGUGAAUGGAGAGGAGGAAGAGUUACUGUCUAAAAUAUAUGAUGAAGUAGUUGGUCAGGAGGAGAGUAAUGUGGCUAGGGAUAAGGAAACUGAUGAUGCUUUGGAAAAGGAUGGAGGCAAUGUGGGACUGGAUGAAGGUAAUGUGGGAUUGGAUGAAGGUAAUGUGGCUGUGGAGGAUAAUAAUGUGGGAUUGGAUGAAGGUAAUGUGGCUGUGGAGGAUAAUAAUGUGGGAUUGGAUGAAGGUAAUGUGGCUGUGGAGGAUAAUAAUGUUGGUGAGGUGCAUGAUGAGUCUAGUACAGAUAAUGGAGAUGACAGUGCUGAUGAGAACUAUGAGAGUGCUAUGGAAGAGGCAUUUGAUGAUUCAUCUGAUGGUUUUGAUGAGUUGGAGGAAGAGGAUUUGGAUAAUCUACUUGAACAUGAAUCACACCCUGAUGGUGAACCAAGCAAAAAACAGUUUGAUAAAGAUAUGGAAAAGGGUAUGGAGGAUGAAAGUGAAGAACUUCAUAGUGGAUGUGAUAGUGAUGAUAGCACUGGUGCAGUUACCAAGAAGAGAUACCAAAUGUUCAAUCUGAAGAAGGACAUGGCUAAUUUCAAAUGGGAAGUUGGAGUGUACUUUAGGUCAAGGGAAGAAUUCAAGGAAGCCAUAACUUCAUAUGCUGUUCAAAGUGGAAGAAAUUUGAAGUUUGUAAAGAAUGACAAAGUGAGGGUUAGAGUGCAUUGCAAGGCUGGUUGUCAAUGGGAAGCUUAUUGUGCCAAAUUGCCAAAUGAGGAUACUUGGCAAUUAAGGAAAAUUGUUGACAAGCAUGAGUGCAGUAGGGACUAUAAUGUAAAAUUGUUGACCACUAAAUGGCUGAGCAAGAGAAUUCAAAACUCUUUGAAAAGCAACCCAAGGAUGAAGAUAAAGGAUAUAAAAGCAAAGGCUCAAAGAAAGUGGAAUGUGGGUGUUAAUAAGACCAAGGCAAUAAGGGCAAGAUUCAGGGCAAGAGACAUGGUUGAUGGAUCUUUCUUAGGGGAUUACACAAGAAUAUAUGAUUACUGUCAUGAGCUACUUAGAGCUAACCCAGGGUCCACUGUGAAACUUAAUGUUGAACCAGUUCAAGAAGGUGUAGAAGAUCAAAGACCUUAUUUUAAAAGGAUGUAUGUUUGCUUUGCAGCAUGUAAAGAAAGCUUCAAGUUGUCUAGACAUAUCUUAGGUCUAGAUGGCUGUUUUUUGAAGGGCUUAUGUGGUGGGCAGAUUCUUGCUGCAAUAGGUAGGGAUCCAAAUGAUCAGAUGCUCCCAGUUGCCUUUGCAGUUGUGGAAGGAGAGAACAAGGAUAGUUGGACCUGGUUUCUGCAGCUCUUGAUUGAGGAUUUAGGAGGUCAAGAAGAUUGCCUUACAUACACCUUCAUUUCUGACCAACAAAAGGGUCUACUACCAGCCAUGGAUGAACUUUUGCCAGGUGUUGAACAAAGAUUCUGUGUAAGGCAUCUUUACAACAACUUUAGGAAGAAGUUCCCUGGAAAAAUGUUAAAGGAUGCCAUAUGGAAGGCUGCAAAGACAACAUAUGUACAAGCUUGGGAAAGAGAAAUGAGGGCUAUGAGGCUUAUCAAUGGUGAGGCAUAUCUGCAUAUGUUGAAGACAUCUCCCAGAUUCUGGAGUAAAUCACAUUUUAAGGUAACCAACAAAUGUGACACAUUACUCAACAACAUGUCUGAGUCAUUCAACAGUGUGAUACUUGAGUCAAGGUCCAAGCCUCUUAUAACAAUGAUUGAAGAGAUCAGAACUUAUUUCAUGGAGAGGUGGGCAACCAACAGGAUGAGGUUCCAAAAUCUGUCUGAUGAUGCAGUGCUACCAAACAUAAGAAAGCAAGUGGAGAAAACUAGUACAUGCACAAACAAUUGGAUUGUAAGGAUGUCUGAUGAACAUAUAUUUGAAGUUAAGCAUGUGCAAGAUCCAAAUGAGAUGUUUACAGUGAACCUGAAAGACAGCAAAUGCUCAUGUAGGAGGUGGGAACUAACUGGUUUGCCAUGUGUGCAUGCCUUGUCAUGCAUGAAGAGUAGGAACUUCAAAUUUGAAGAUUAUAUUCCUGAGUACUAUAAGAAGAGCAGGUACAUUGCAGUAUACAAACCAGUCAUUUACCCUGUUAAUGGUUCAAACCUAUGGGAAAAAACACAAUACCCAGAUGUGCAUCCUCCAAAGUACAGAAAGAUGCCUGGAAGACCAAAGAAGAAAAGGAAUCUGGAACAAGGAGAGAUAGAUGGGUCUGACAGAAAACUUAGGAGAACUGGGCUAAUUGUGAAGUGCAGUAGAUGCAAGAAAUCUGGGCACAACAAAGCCACAUGUAAGGUAACAGGGCCAACACAAACUACUGAAUCUACUCAACAAAACUCAACACAAACUACUCAACAAGCUUCUCAACAGGUUUCUACUCAGCCUACUCAACAGCAACCAACACAAGCUUCUCAGCCUACUCAACAGCAACCAACACAAGCUUCUCAGCCUACUCACCAGCAACCAACACAAGCUUCUCAGCCAACUCAACAGCAAACAACUCAGCCUUCUCAGACAUCCAGAAGCAGACAACCUGCUGCUCAGAAGGCAAAGAAAUUAGGAGUGAGAAGGGCACCAACACCUUGGGUACCACCUGGACCAACCACAAGAUUAGGAGCAUCAAGAAUUGGCCCAACUACUAGAAGGACAACUCCAACAAAGAGAAACUCAUCCAAGAAGAAUGUUUAGAAUUUUUAGGAUAUUUAGAUUGUUUAGACUGUUAGUUUCAUAUUUUGGCAGUGUCGCUUUUGGAACA